CAGCUGUAGAACAUCUGGGAAGGUCAAUGAUAUCCUCUGUCUAGAGUCCAACCUCAGCUCUCCUCAGUGCUCUCACCAUGAGUGGGUGCCCAUUUUUAGGCAACAACUUUGGCUGUGCUUUUAAAAAAUUAUCUGUAGAAGACAAUGAAGAAGACAAAUCACAAACUGGUGUGAAUAGAGCCAGCAAAGGAGGACUUAUCUAUGGAAACUACCUGCAUUUGGAAAAGGUUUUGAAUGCACAGGAACUUCAAAGUGAAAUAAAAGGAAAUAAAAUCCAUGAUGAACAUCUUUUUAUCAUAACUCAUCAAGCUUAUGAACUCUGGUUUAAGCAAAUCCUCUGGGAAUUAGAUUCUGUUCGAGAGAUCUUUCAGAAUGGCCAUGUCAGGGAUGAAAGGAACAUGCUCAAGGUUGUCACUCGCAUGCACCGAGUGGCCGUGAUCCUUAAACUACUGGUGCAGCAGUUUUCCGUUCUGGAAACGAUGACAGCUUUGGACUUCAACGACUUCAGAGAGUACUUAUCUCCAGCAUCAGGCUUCCAGAGUUUGCAAUUCCGACUAUUAGAAAACAAGAUAGGUGUCCUUCAGAGUUUGAGGGUCCCUUACAACAGAAGACAUUAUCGUGAUAACUUCAAAGGAGAAGAUAAUGAACUGCUACUUAAGUCUGAGCAGGAGCAAACACUACUGCAACUGGUGGAGGCAUGGCUGGAAAGAACACCAGGUUUAGAGCCACAUGGAUUUAACUUCUGGGGAAAGCUUGAAAACAACAUUGUCAAGGGCCUGGAAGAAGAAUUCAUAAGAAUUCAGGCUAAAGAAGAGUCAGAGGAAAAAGAGGAACAGAUGGCUGAAUUUCAGAAACAAAAAGAAGUGUUACUCUCCUUAUUUGAUGAGAAACGUCAUGAACAUCUCUAUAGUAAAGGUGAAAGACGAUUGUCAUACAGAGCACUUCAGGGGGCCUUGAUGAUAUAUUUUUACAGGGAAGAGCCUAGAUUCCAGGUGCCUUUUCAGUUGCUGACUUCUCUCAUGGACAUAGACACACUCAUGACUAAAUGGAGAUAUAACCACGUGUGCAUGGUGCACAGAAUGCUGGGCAGCAAAGCUGGCACUGGUGGGUCCUCUGGCUAUCAUUAUCUGCGCUCAACAGUGAGUGACAGAUACAAGGUAUUUGUAGAUUUAUUUAAUCUUUCAACAUAUCUGGUUCCCCGACACUGGAUACCGAAGAUGAACCCAAUUAUUCAUAAAUUCCUUUACACGGCUGAAUACUGUGACAGCUCUUACUUCAGCAGUGAAGAAUCAGAUUAAAACCAUCUGCAAAAAUCUAUGAAGACAUCGAUUACUCAAUCUGUGUUUUUUAAAAUUUUCUAUGAAUUUCAUGAUAUACAAAGAGUCCUAAUGUAAUAUAUGUAUAUACUAUAGGUAAGCCCUGUGGUCCUUUGAUUCAAUCCUGUAAAUAAUUUUAUUAACUCAUUUUUGUGAUAAGACUAAACAUUAAGAUGAGAAGUUAAUUCAAUUGAAUUGUACCAUUGUACAUAGAAGGUUUUCCUAUUAAAAACUCUGUCCUUUGAUAUUUACCUUAAUAUAACCAUUUAACAGGUUCGUCUCAUUUCAUACUUUAAUGAGCUUGUAAACUUCAGCUAUUUCAAAUAUUUUCUGCAAUAAAAUGUGUCAUUCUGUACAAAGAUCUACACAAUCAAAAUAUUUAAGAAAUAAUAAGAAUUAGCCUUUUUUCCACAUACUAUUUUGGAAACAUUGCUUGUGUUUAUUGGGACUCUUGAUGACCAAUGACAGGAAUCUAUCUGAAGCUUGCCUAGAAGGAAGGACAUGCUGGACAAGUCUACUAGCUCAAAGAAUUGAGAGGAGCCUGGGCAUGGGUCCAGUUCCUGGAGUACUAUGAGGAUCCGCUAAGAAGGACACUUUGAGGGCCCUUUGCGUCUCACCACUUUUUUCUGUAGGUGUUGGCUUUAUCUUCCCAGCUCUCCCUCAGGCAAGGUCUCAGCUUCCAACACCUCCUGACCAGAAAGGCAAAGGUGCUCUUCCCAGCUCCGGGAGGCAGAGUCAAUGCAGGAUUGAGGUUAUAAUGAGUGAUAGUUCCCUCAACUGAAGAAUGUUGUUUCAGAAGACAGAAGGAGAAACACACUACAUAGUGAUUUAGCUCAUUUCUAAUAACAAGUAUUAGACUAAGAGUUUAGAUCAGACAGGAGUUUUAUUCUUCUUUUUCUAGAUCAGCAUGGAAAUUGGCAAUACUUAAGAUUUAUUUUAUGGAGGGAGGGCAAAAUACUAUCAAAGGAAUCUAAAUGUAGAUCAACCUUGACCUGGAACGAUUAUCUGUAAGUGAGCAGCAAAUUCUUCAUGGAAUUGAACUAUUCUUUGGUCUCAAUUAUAAGUUUUUUCUUAUAAAGA